CCACGUCUGCCUCGUCUGCAAAGCGUUCCAUGUCCACGCCUGCAAAGAGUCAGCCCAAGUUGGUCCUGUAGGGUUUAUCGUUACGUCAUACGCGUACCCCAUCAAAUUGGCUGUUAUUGAUGGAACCUCCCCCGAAGUAAACAAAGUUAGAAAAGUCUUUAGGACUUCAAAACAAUUGCAGGUAAUGUUCUGGUUGCUUCUGCUGAUCAUCGGAGCUCUUCCCACUUCGGAUGGGUUGAAGGUGUUUGAAUUCUGCUGUGGGAAGAAGUUGUACAUUCCAGCCCCCGUCAUGUCCCGUGUGCCUCUCCUCGCCUGCAUAUAUUUCACUCCUAUCAGCCCUGGGGCUAAAGCGCUGAUGGUGAUGAAUAGGACUCUGUCUCUGGACCCACACUAUCAGUACAAGGAUGAAACAGUCUUCAUUUCAGAAUUGGCAGACAGAGACCAAGGGACUUUUUCAUGGUCAUGUCAAGAUUCCACACAAUUAACUGACUUUCUUAAACUUGUGAUGAAAGACUGCUCUGAGCAUGUGAAUGUGUACUACGGAGACAAGCUUGAGAUCUUCCCGCCGAGACGAGCCGCUAUGCUGGAGUUCUCUCCCUCUCGGAGGCCUUCUGGCCAACGAGUGGUGUGGAGAAGAGGCCGAACCGGGCAGGUCAACAACUGGUGGUCUGUAAACACCACCACCCCGGACCAUGAGGGCAACUAUACAGCAUGCACUCACAGUGGGGUGGAGCUGCGGAAGACUCGGGUCUCUGUGAUUGCAAGGACUCUCCAGGCCAUUGUAGAAGAAGAGGAGUCUUUUGUGUUUCCCUUGCCCAUCCCUGCGUCCACAGCUCUCAUCAGCUUCAGAGACCCGUCAGGCAUGGAGCACGUGCUUUACCAGAAUGGCAGAGAGCGCCUGGACACAUUCGACUUGUUUAAGGGUCGGUUCUCACUGCAGAACCAGCCCUUGGGUUCUAGAGUCCAGAUCCAUGACCUCAGACCAGGCGAUGCAGGAACCUACGAGGUCCGAGACUUAAAUGGCUUUCUGGUUAUUAGUGCGGUGUUGGAGAGUACAGCGAUUACAGGCAUCUGAUGCUGGGAACUGGUAUUGUCCACCCGUGCCAAGGAGUGCGCUAAUCGAUGACUUCGAACACAUACCUACAGCUCCUGAUACACAAGUGCAGGCCACUUCACAGUGCCCUUUCACCUCCAACCUUUCACCCCAGUCGGAUGCGGGACCUUGCUUCCAGUCCAAGAGGAGGCUGGGAGACUCGCUCGAUUUCCUGUCCACAAAUCCCUUGAGCACGGACACGCUCCUUGCCACCACCUACACCUCCGAAAAGCUCAAUUUCCUCUAGAAUAAGGCCAGCGACUCCAGAUGAUACAGGCUGCACUGCCACCAACACUCGGCCAGAGAAUGACCAGGACCACGGCUGAGUACAUCCUGCAUGGCCAGGACCAUGGCUCAGUACACCCUGCAUCUGCCUUUGCUGUGUAUCAGCCACAGGGACCAAAUGUAGUUUUGCAUUUGCAGCAAAGAUACAUUUAUAUACCAUACACACAUGUUCACAAUCCCAAAAGAUGAAUUGUUGCUUGUUCAGUUAACUUUUUGUCAUUUAUUAGGCCGACAACAGAUGUAUGUACUGUAUUUUAAGGGGCGUUUGAUAAGAUUUCUUGUGUUCCACACACAGUGGAGGAGACAGAUAAGGACACAACUUCAGGUGGUUUGUGCAGUAUGUACUGUAGGCUAUUUGACAGAUAUUUCUCAUUUUAUGAACUGUGUUAAGUUUACACUAAUACACACAUUAGGGCGACUGUUGAAAGAAGACACAGCCUUAAAAGCUUGUGUAAACCUAUGUAAUAACUUUUGUGUUGAUAUCACUCCAGAGGCAGUGCUUUUCCACAAAGAACGUUAUUUCACACUAAUCACACUUUGAGGUUGUCUUAUUAAAGGAGAAAUCCGGCGAUUUUUCA